AUGUUCAGGACAGCAGCGCGGAGUUUCGCCGCUACGGCAUGGCGGAAUGCUGAAAGCCUCAGUCAAAUAGAGGCUGCACAACAGACCGCCAUCCACAUUUCGCAAGCCCAAGGCAUUGGACAGCGGGGUUUCCUAGAUGCGAUCGGUAAAACUCCUCUCAUCCGCCUCAAGCGCCUCUCCAAAGAGACCGGCUGCAAUGUCCUCGGAAAGGCCGAAUUCCAAAACCCCGGUGGCUCUGUCAAGGAUCGCGCCGCCCUCUUCGUCGUCGAAAACGCCGAGCGCCAGGGCCUCUUGAAGCCUGGCGGUACUGUCAUCGAAGGCACCGCUGGAAACACUGGUAUUGGCCUCGCACACGUCUGUCGCUCAAAAGGAUACCGAUUGGUAAUCUACAUGCCCAACACGCAAUCGCAAGGAAAGAUUGAUUUGUUGCGCUUACUCGGUGCGGAGGUAUACCCGGUACCAGCAGUGGCGUUUGACAACCCGGAGAACUACAACCACCAGGCGAAGCGACAUGCGGAUAGAUUAGAGAACGCGGUUUGGACAAAUCAGUUUGACAAUGUGGCGAACAGGCAGGCGCAUAUUGAGACUACCGGGCCCGAGAUCUGGCAUCAGACAGGUGGAAAGCUCGACGCUUUUACCUGCGCCACCGGCACUGGAGGCUCGCUUGCGGGCGUGACGCGGUACCUAAAGGAGAAGAGUGGCGGAAGGGUCAAGAGCUUCCUAGCUGACCCUCCAGGUUCGGUACUGCACUCCUACAUCCAGAGUGGCGGCAAGCUUCAGGAACGAGCUGGUGGUUCGAUAACCGAGGGCAUUGGCCAGGGUCGCGUAACAGAGAACCUGAAACCUGAUAUUGACCUUUUGGACGGCUCAGUACACAUUAGCGACGAGAAGACCAUUGAGAUGGUAUACAGAUGUCUGGACGAGGAGGGUCUAUACCUAGGCGCAAGUUCGUGCCUCAACGUCGUGGCAGCCAAGGAGGUGGCAGAGAAGAUGGGCAAGGGAUCAACUGUCGUCACUUUGCUGUGCGAUGGCGCAUACAGAUAUGCUGAUCGCCUCUUCUCAAAGAAGUGGCUGGAGCAGAAGAAGCUGUAUGAUGCGAUACCUGAGCGGUUGCGCCGAUACAUCGUACUGGAGUAG